CGACCGCGGCGGCUGCAGCGGCGACUCGGAAGUCGGGUGGGACCUCCAGCUUCCCGCCUGCUGUUGGCGCUGAGGCUUUUGCCUUUUCCGACCCGGCUUCUUGCUCCCGGCCCUGACUGGGCAGGGCAGAGCGCCCCCGGGGAGGGGCGGAGCUGUAGAUAUGGUGUAAGAUAUUUCUUCAAGAUUGGACGGCUGGUGACCUGUUAAUACUGAUGAGCCUUAAGCCAACUUAUAGCCAUAGAGAAACCUCACAGAGUUCCUUUUUUUUUUUUUUUUCUUUUUACAUCUUUCCCUGCACCUAAAUUCACCUUGCAACCAUGUAUGGAAGUGCUCGUUCAGUUGGGAAGGUGGAACCAAGCAGCCAGAGCCCUGGGCGUUCACCUAGGCUUCCUCGUUCCCCUCGUUUGGGUCAUCGUCGGACCAAUAGCACAGGAGGGAGUUCUGGAAGCAGUGUUGGAGGUGGUAGUGGGAAAACCCUAUCAAUGGAGAAUAUACAAUCCUUAAAUGCUGCCUAUGCCACAUCUGGCCCUAUGUACCUAAGUGACCACGAAAAUGUGGGUUCAGAAACACCUAAAAGCACCAUGACACUUGGCCGUUCUGGGGGACGUCUGCCUUAUGGUGUUAGGAUGACUGCUAUGGGCAGUAGCCCCAAUAUAGCCAGCAGUGGGGUUGCUAGUGACACCAUAGCAUUUGGAGAACAUCACCUUCCUCCUGUGAGUAUGGCGUCUACUGUACCUCACUCUCUUCGUCAGGCAAGAGAUAACACGAUCAUGGAUCUGCAGACACAGCUGAAGGAAGUAUUAAGGGAAAAUGAUCUUUUGCGGAAGGAUGUGGAAGUAAAAGAGAGCAAACUGAGUUCUUCAAUGAAUAGCAUCAAGACCUUCUGGAGCCCAGAGCUGAAGAAGGAACGAGCUCUGAGAAAAGAUGAGGCUUCCAAAAUCACCAUUUGGAAGGAGCAGUAUAGAGUUGUGCAGGAGGAAAAUCAGCAUAUGCAGAUGACGAUCCAGGCUCUCCAGGAUGAACUGCGGAUCCAGAGGGACCUGAAUCAGCUGUUUCAACAAGAUAGUAGCAGCAGGACAGGUGAGCCCUGUCUGGCCGAGUUGACAGAGGAGAACUUCCAGAGGCUGCAUGCUGAGCAUGAGAGGCAGGCCAAAGAGCUGUUCCUUCUUCGGAAGACUCUGGAGGAAAUGGAACUGCGUAUUGAGACUCAGAAGCAGACCCUAAAUGCUCGGGAUGAAUCCAUUAAGAAACUUCUGGAGAUGUUGCAGAGCAAAGGACUCUCCGCCAAGGCUACGGAGGAAGACCAUGAGAGGACAAGACGGCUGGCCGAGGCAGAGAUGCACGUACACCACCUGGAAAGUCUUUUGGAGCAGAAAGAGAAGGAGAACAAUAUGUUGAGAGAGGAGAUGCAUCGGAGAUUUGACAAUGCCCCUGAUUCUGCCAAAACAAAAGCUCUUCAAACUGUUAUCGAGAUGAAGGAUUCAAAAAUUUCCUCCAUGGAGCGUGGUCUCCGGGAUCUGGAAGAGGAAAUUCAGAUGCUGAAGUCAAAUGGGGCUUUGAGUACCGAAGAACGGGAGGAAGAAAUGAAGCAAAUGGAGGUGUAUCGGAGCCAUUCUAAAUUUAUGAAAAAUAAGGUAGAACAACUGAAGGAGGAGCUAAGUUCGAAAGAGGCUCAAGGGGAGGAGCUGAAAAAGAGAGCGGCUGGUCUUCAGGCUGAGGUCUUUGCCAUUGGCCAGGUGAAACAAGAGCUCUCCAGAAAAGACACAGAACUCCUGGCCCUCCAGACAAAGUUGGAGACAUUGACGAACCAGUUCUCAGACAGUAAGCAGCACAUUGAAGUGCUGAAGGAGUCCUUGACUGCUAAGGAACAGAGGGCUGCUAUCCUACAGACUGAGGUGGAUGCUCUCAGACUGCGUUUGGAAGAGAAGGAAACUAUGCUGAAUAAAAAGACAAAACAAAUUCAGGAUAUGGCCGAGGAGAAGGGGACACAAGCUGGAGAGAUACAUGACCUCAAGGACAUGCUGGAUGUGAAGGAGCGGAAGGUCAAUGUUCUGCAGAAGAAGAUUGAAAACCUUCAAGAGCAGCUUAGAGAUAAGGAAAAGCAGAUGAGCAGCUUGAAAGAACGAGUCAAGUCUUUGCAGGCUGACACCACCAACACAGACACUGCCUUGACAACCUUGGAGGAGGCCCUCGCGGAGAAAGAGCGGACAAUUGAACGCUUAAAGGAGCAGCGGGAUCGAGAUGAACGGGAAAAGCAAGAGGAAAUUGAUAACUACAAAAAAGAUCUGAAAGAUCUGAAAGAAAAAGUUAGCCUGUUGCAAGGAGACCUCUCAGAGAAAGAGGCAUCACUUUUGGAUCUGAAAGAGCAUGCUUCUUCCCUGGCUUCCUCAGGACUGAAAAAGGACUCGCGGCUGAAGACACUGGAGAUUGCUUUGGAGCAGAAGAAGGAGGAGUGUCUGAAAAUGGAAUCACAGUUGAAAAAGGCACAUGAGGCAACCUUGGAAGCAAGAGCCAGUCCGGAGAUGAGUGAUCGAAUACAGCAGUUAGAGAGAGAGAUUUCCAGGUACAAAGAUGAAUCCAGCAAGGCUCAGACAGAAGUUGACCGUCUCUUAGAAAUCUUGAAGGAAGUGGAAAAUGAGAAGAAUGACAAAGAUAAGAAGAUAGCUGAGUUGGAAAGGCAAGUGAAAGACCAGAAUAAGAAGGUUGCCAAUCUGAAGCACAAGGAACAGGUGGAAAAAAAGAAGAGUGCACAGAUGCUGGAGGAGGCGCGGCGCAGGGAGGACGACCUCAACGACAGCUCGCAGCAGCUGCAGGACAGUCUCCGUAAGAAGGAUGACAGGAUUGAAGAGCUGGAAGAAGCACUAAGAGAAAGUGUACAGAUAACUGCAGAGCGAGAAAUGGUGCUAGCACAAGAGGAAUCAGCCAGGACCAAUGCUGAGAAACAGGUGGAGGAGUUAUUGAUGGCCAUGGAGAAAGUAAAGCAGGAACUAGAGUCUAUGAAAGCAAAGCUGUCCUCCACCCAACAGUCUCUGGCAGAAAAAGAAACUCAUUUGACCAAUCUUCGGGCAGAGAGAAGGAAACAUUUAGAGGAAGUUCUGGAGAUGAAGCAAGAAGCUCUUCUGGCUGCCAUUAGUGAAAAAGAUGCCAAUAUAGCUCUUCUAGAGCUUUCAUCCUCUAAGAAAAAGACGCAAGAGGAAGUGGCUGCACUAAAGCGGGAGAAGGAUCGGCUGGUGCAGCAGCUCAAACAGCAGACACAAAAUCGAAUGAAGCUGAUGGCCGACAACUAUGAGGAUGACCACUUCAAAUCCUCCCAUUCCAAUCAAACAAAUCAUAAACCCUCCCCGGACCAGAUCAUCCAGCCCCUCUUAGAACUUGACCAAAAUAGAAGCAAAUUAAAGUUGUAUAUUGGACACCUGACAGCCCUCUGCCAUGACCGAGACCCCCUAAUCCUUCGUGGACUCACUCCACCAGCUUCCUAUAACUUGGACGAUAACCAGGCAGCUUGGGAGAAGGAGCUGCAGAAGAUGACCCAGGAACAGCUGCAGAGCGAGUUGCAGAGGGGUGAGCAGGACAAUGCAGAACUGCAGGAGUUUGCCAAUGCUAUUCUUCAGCAGAUUGCGGAUCACUGCCCCGACAUCCUGGAGCAGGUGGUGAACGCGCUGGAGGAGUCGUCCUGACCCUGCCCCAGGGCAGUGGCUGCCCGGGAGCCAGGAAAGGAGAGCCACAGGGGCGCCGGCAUCUGGAAACUUCUUGGCACCAAACACGACAAGCUGCAUCCUGUCUUGCAGAAGUGCGCUUCCAGCACCAUUUCUCCAGCUGUCACCUCACUCUGCCAUUCUGCUGCGGAUGUUGUCUCUACACUAACCUUCGUGCUGUCCGAGGUGGGUCCACGUCCAGGUCUCUGUGAAGAACUGCCGUGCGGUCAUCAGGAGCGGAGGCCCGCGGAAGCUGGCGGCGGGGAGAAAGCCCUCUUCCCUUCUUCCCUUUGGCACGAGACUGAGCCCGGACUCCGCUUGGAGCUCAGUGUGCGGAGAGAACGCCUCCCAGGGACCCAGAGAGCUGAGCGGUUCUAACGCUGCAGAUAGGUGCUUUCUGCUAAAAGGGUUUUAGAACCAUGUCAGAAAGAACAGAAAAAGAGAGGACAGGGACCAGGAGGGAGCCAACUCCACAACACCUCUGUUCUCUCGGCUCGCGCCGUGGGUUCUGAAGGCUCCGCCUGCCCUGGCCCUCUGAUUUCGGAGCCCUCACCCCAGCCCCGCCUGUCUCUCUCAGCCUUCCUUGCGCUAAUCGUCCACCAGUUACGAAGAGGGGACGUGAAGCGUUCUUCCCUAGUCUCUCUUGUUUAAGACUUCUGCCCUCAUCCUAAGCGGUUGUUAGAUGAAGGUCCCUCCCUAAAGAAGGAGAGAGGUUUUACUGGCGCCGCCCCUGCUGCUGUACAGGAGGACAGUGCUGGGGCCAGGCUGCUUUCCCGGCCUCUCCCCGAGUUCUGUCUGCCCGCCCACCACCCAUGUCCCGAGCUCUGGCAGCCCCAUGGUUACAAAAGCAUGCGACCCCCUGCCACCCUCCUAGCUCCACUCCCAGCUGUGCUCUCGGAGCCACAGCUUCGUGUUGGCAGCACAGGCGGGUUUGUCUUACCCCACACGCAUUCCCUUCUCUGGGUUUGAAUUCAGAGAAUAUCUGUGCAGUGCCUGCCCUGCGCGGCUCCCUGCGGUGGGCACUCAUCCUGGGAAGGAGCGGGAGGAAGGAGCAGACCCUGUGAGACACACCUUUGUGGCAGAGCAGAAAAGGCUCCUGGGAAAGUCUUUGACAAGUGCGCGUUUCUCCGUUCUCACUAUAAUGGGAGCGGGAGCGACAGGGUUAGGGGCUGAGUCACCUGUUUGCCUGCAGGAGCCCACCUGGUGGUUGGGAUUUUUGCUGUUUGGUGUAGUUGCCCUUAAAGGGGCCCCAUUCAGGGCCCAGCGAACGUCCAUUCUUGACACAUCAGCGCGCAUCGCGUGGAAUUUGGCCAGCCCCACACCACAGGUCAGAAGGUUGGCCCCAAAGUCGGCAAUCUGGUUGAAGGUGUUAGCGUUUUGAAGGGCAUUUUCCCCAAGGCAGUCAUAAACAACCAGGCACCGGAAGAGAGCCCACUUAACCUGAAUCUAGCCUUUUGACCACCGCUGCCCCCAGAAACCCACCAGACACACAUCUGUGAUAAGAGCUGCAGGACUAAACGCUCUGUCUUGCAUUUUCUCCUCUCUCCCGCCCCAGUUACUCAAAUGACUUAAUGCUGCCUGUAAAGUCGUCACAGCCAGAGCCCAGGGUCUUCCCGCCAGCUCCCCUUGACUGUGCCGUUAACUUAUCUGCUCAGACCCCCAGCUCCCCUCAGUGCCUGCUGUUAAGGCGUCCCUCUGCCAGGGAGAAGCUGUGGAGUGCCCCUUAUCACAGGUUAAAUGGACUCUGCUCUCAGACCUCUUACUCAGAUGCGUCCUGAGAGUCAGGCUGGCCGGGGGGGGACGCAGGGGUCAGAUGGUAAGCGGUGGUCGUUUGUGGUCCGUCACCUCCGGCUGUUCAUCGCUCUGCCCGUAAGGCAUGGAGAAAGCUCCCAUGGUUCAGGGUAUUUGAAUCUCACUUCCUCUGCUGCAAAGUGAAGGACGGAGGCAUGACAGCAGCCUUCCCAGGGCUACAGCGGAACAGGGACAGCAGGAGAAGGAAAGGCUUCGAGCAGGUCUCCCGGGAUGCCACCCGCUGGGCCCUCCUCGCCCACUUGGCGUGCGACCCACUGCGUCACCUUCCUCCCUCUCGUCCUCUCAGCCUCCCCCAUCACUGCCCCUUCAGAACACUGAAACGCAAGCGCUUCGUAACAAGUGCUUCUGAGAAGAAAUCUGGUGGGGCAGACAUCUGUGUGCUCUCUGAGUCUUAGCAAGGAGUCUCCUGGAUCCUCCUCGGAGCCAUCUGUAUCAUGUGCUGCCAAAGCGAGCACUCCUGGGAGGCGAGCCGGCGUCUCAGAUGAUUCCGGGAACUGUCGGCUGGAGUUUGAUAGUAAAAACGGUCUGCUGUGUGUUAGGGGCCACGUUAAUGCCGCUUCGAGCACCUGGAGUGCCUUGCUGUGUUCAGAUUGCGUGUUGCGCCGACGUCCACUCAGUGCGGAGUGCCCACCAUGCUAGGGUUUGUUCACGACCCUUUCCUUGCACUCAUGGUUUCACACGGUCACGCAGCUGCUACUGAAGGUGGGCGGCCUUGAGAGCUCACUGCAGGCUGCUGUCAUCUUCCCCAGACUUACCCACUCUUUAGCAGGUCUGGUUGCCCAUUAGCACCUAAGGAUCUGUACCCCAAAUCAAGGGCCUCACGGAGGAGGCUAAAGGAGAGCGGGUGGGUGUACGGCCUGCUCAUGAGCGAAGACGCACAGUGCGAGUUGCCUGUCUCCUCAUAUACCUCUGUCCCAGGUACUCGUUGAGUUCCUGAUGAAGUAUCUGCAUUGACAUUUGCAAGGACUUGGAUACCAUUUCAGAUGGAAAAGACUUGAAGUGGAUCUCACAUGUUUAGAAAGGUGAAGGGGAAGCCCUAACUCCAUCUCAGCUCUAACCUUUGUCAUUGCACCUUACAACCUAAAGAAGAUCUCAGCGUGUCUCUCUCUUCCUCAUGCUUGGCUGCAGAAGUACUGGGAAAGAGACUGGUCCCAAGGCCGCCCUCAGUGUCAGUGGUGGCACUGCUACCUGCCAUUUGGGUUUCUGUGAGGACCUCAUUGGCUCACCCACUCCCCGGAGUGAGAGGAGGAAGGGAGGCCAUCACAGAGCGUCUUAAUCAGCUGCUCUGUCCCCUGCAGAUAGUCAGGACCGGCGUGUGGGCCUGCUGCUCGCCAGUCCUGCGGAUGCCAGGGCCGGGCAACCUCCUGCACUACUCCAGCACAGCCCACCGGCUGCCCCUGGGGCCCGUGAGGGAAGAGCAAAGCAAGGAAUACAUCACGGCAUAGAAUGUGACACCCACGUGACAUUUCCAAAGUCCCAGGGGACCUGUGUCAGCAAUCAGAAACUCAUGUCUGCCUCUCCGCCUCACCUCUGCACCUGGACAGGUUCGGGCCAUGAAAGUGGGGGUGAGGAGAGCAGACACAGAGCGGCCGACGCCCUCUGCAGAGCCCGCCAGGCUGGCCCCCAUCACUGCCAAUCCCCAGGCUCCUCAGGAAGUGACGGGAGCGGUUCAAAGACAUGUUUCCAGAGUUUCCCCCGUGUGGACUAAGGGAAUAUGUGGGCAAGAAAAAAAAUCAUACAGGGAAAUCCUUCUGAACAAAAUGGCUGUCUUUACUCUUUUUAAGCAAAAACUGUCUCCAGCCUUCUUAGUGUCACAACUGUAACAAGUGUCUCUUGAUUUUUCCAAUGUGUUUGGUGAGUGCUGUGACCCUGUCGUAGGAGUUUCUCCUCCUGACUCUGUUGUGGGAGAAGCGAUUUUAGAGAUUGAUUUGAGGGGAGCGGACUUUGUCCCAUCCGCCGCCUCUUUCGUUUCUCUGCUUGUCAAUAUUGUCUGUGUGAUCCAGAGAACUGGGGCAGUUACCUUGUGUCCAUUGUUGAGAUUAUUAAAAUAUUAAAAAGUAGUUGUAGAACUGAAACAAUUAAAGAGCUGUGUCUUAAAAAUGCAAACCAAUAUCAUGUUAAGAAAGGAAUUCAAGCUACGGGGCAGCCGAGCCCCUCCCCUUGCUCCCAGGUGGGCUCAGGUCGCAGCUGGGCUCGUGCUGGGGCCACAGGUGCAAGGCCAGAGGAGCUGGGGGCUCGGAGACUCUUGAUCGCACCUGCAGGACCUCAGAGCCUCUGGAUGGAGGUUUCAAAGUUUGCAUCCCAGGACCAUCCUCACCCCACCUCGGCCCCAGCCCAGUGUGCCUAAUAUUUUGUGGUAACCUGGGCUUGACUGAAGCCCCUUGGUGCUAUAUCAUCAUCCAGUGACCCAUCCAGUAGGGCCAAGCGCCGGUGCGCCUGGAGCCUGCAAUCCAGGUGGGAUGAAUUGUACUCCGAUCUCAGUUCGUUCUGGCUUCGGACCCUGCAUUCUUUUUAGACCCCACGCCUCUCGGGCCCAGGCGCUCUCUGUUGGCCUCAGAGAGGCCAUGGUCAGGAAAGGACAGGAAGUGAACGGCGCUGAAGCCAGAGACCCCACCCCUGAGCCGGAGCUGCACGCUCGGCCCCGCCCUUCUUUCCAGGCCACACCAGUAUUGCAUUCACCCUCGGAUGCAGCUCAGCCUACCUGAGGGCAGCACCACGCACUCCGGCCUGCCUGGCCCCCACCAAGCGCACCAGCACAUCCGGGAUGGGGACCGGGACGGGGUCCGCCACCCGCACUUCCCGAGGGAAGUGUUGCACUUUAGCAGGGGAGCUGAGGGGCACCGGGUGCUGGCUCCUUGUAGCUUGAGUUCCUCUCCGCGACAGUAGCGGCCUCAGUGGCAGGCGGUGUCGUGUUGCACGUGCACCUGUGCCUUCCACUGUGCGUGUGUUCCUGCUGGAGUCGCGUUACUGAUGGAGUAACAACAGUACAAAGGAAUUGUGUUAUAUUCAACUCUGCCUUGAUAAUUAUUGUAAACACUUUGUUCAUUUUUUUCUUUUUUAUUCACAAACUAAAUCCAUCAGGAAAUUAUAAAGUUAUUUAA